CGGCAACAAGUAUUGUUCAACAGAGCGACUUUGGUGACUCCAAACCUCCAAACUAAAGACUAAAGUCCCCAAAGUGUUAGUUUAUUUUAUUAUAUUUCAUCCUCUCAGGUAUUAAAAAGCUCCGGUUUCAGCCACGUAUGAAUACAAGCCAGGACAGAGCGCUCGCUGUGAACCGGGUCAGGAGAUGGGGGACCAGCAGCCGGACCAGUUCGGGUCCCUGCAGGAGGAGCUGGAGUUCUGGAAGGACCGGGCCUGCCGGCACCAGCAGAGCGCGGCGGAGGCCCAGGAGGAGCUGACGGAGUUCCAGCAGAUGAGCCGGGACUACGAGGUGGAGCUGGAGACGGAGCUGAAACAGUACGAGGCUCGAAACCGGGAACUGCUGGCUGCCAACGAGCGUUUACGACUGGAGCUGGAAAACUACAAGGACAAGUAUGGGAGCCAGCACUCGGAGGCCUGCCGGCAGAUCUCCAGCCUGGAGGGAGAGCUGGCGGAGACGCAGGCCGUCAGAGAGCAGCUGCAGAAAUACAUCCGGGAGCUGGAGCAGGACAACGACGACCUGGAGAGAACCAAGAGGGCCACCAUCAUGUCCCUGGACGACUUUGAGCAGAGGAUGAACCAGGUGAUAGAGAGAAACGCCUUCCUGGAGAGCGAGCUGGACGAGAAGGAGAACCUGCUGGAGUCGGUCCAGCGGCUGAAGGACGAGGCCAGAGACCUGAGGCAGGAGCUGGCGGUGCAGAGCAAGCAGCAGGUCCCCGGUACGAAUCCGUCGCUCGGCAACGGCGUCAGAGACGCCCCGUCCUCCCCUCGGCCGCCCACACCCCCCCUCACGCCGUCAGACAGCAGGAGAGCGGACAGGACGGCCUCUUCGUCCUCCGACCAGCCUCCUCAUCCUCCUCAUCCUCCUCAUCCUCCUCAUCCUCCGGCCCCCUGGGAGGCCCCGCCCACCCCGCCGCCCUCCGCCAGCAGAGGUGAAAGCGUCUCGGCGACCCCCACCACCACCCCGACCCCCUUCACCACCACGGCAAGGAUCUCGGCUCUGAACAUCGUUGGAGAGCUGCUCAGGAAAGUCGGGAGCCUGGAGUCCAAGCUGGCGUCGUGCCGGGAGUUUGUCCAGGACCGCAGAGGUCUGGCCAGCAGAGCGGCGCCGGCGGGCCCUAACGGCCCCACCGGGCCCACCGGGCCCCCGGAGGGCCACGCCGCCAACGGCCUCUUCAAACAGGGUUUGGUCCAGAGGUUGGACUUCGCUGCCGGACCCAAGCUGCUGCUCUGAAGACGUCCCGCCCUCCGGUCUCCGUCUCCGUCCAGCCUCGGGGCCCCUC